AUGGACUACAUUGGUAAAGAACUUGAAAUAAGAUUGCAAACAUGCCAAGAUUGGGUAUCUGCAGUAAUGAAGUGGACAAAUAAAAACAUCACAAAUUUGUCUUUGGAUUCUUUUCAAAGCAAUAAUACUAAUAAAUAUAAUAUUGAGAAAUUUAUGCUACAUACUCCUACAAAAUCUGAAGAAUCAAUAUUAGAGGAUCACUUACUUCAUAUAACUGUAUCAAAUGGUUUGGCUUUCAGGUGGAUUGAAAGUGAAGAAAACAACAUGCAUCCAACAUGCCAAUAUGACUUUGUUACAACAUGUCCAAUUCCAAAUACUAAUUGGACAUUUGGAUCCAAAUAUUGGACAAAUUGGACAUAUGAAAAAGAAAAGAAAGAUUAG